CCCGAACAUCCGGGCUAGGCUGGAUAUCUUUUGCUCUUCUUAUUCCUGUUUUUCAUAUCCGUUUCCUUCGCGACAAUUAUUUCUAGAGCAUGAUUUCCGCCAAAAUGUCCACCGCCGCGCGGGCGGCGACUUUGCGCUCCCAGGUCCCGGCCUUCAGAGCCGCCUCGCAAGGAUCUCGGGCUCUUUCAUAUUCGGCAUUGUCCGCUCAAACCUUGAAGCUGUCUGGUAACAGCCAAAGGAACGCUCUUCAGUUGACCCAGCUCGUCUCGCCUUUCGCCGCCAUCCCCUUGACCCGAUCUUUCCACGCCGCCACUCCCCUCUUCCAGCAACAGCAACAACCCAAGGACGAGAAGAAGACCGACGAAUCCAAGUCCGAAUCGCAAGGUGAGAAGGAAGAGUCAGGCAAGGACGAGGAGCAGAAGGAGAAGAAGGAAGAGGCGCCUCCACCACCCCAUGGUGACAAGUCGCCCUGGCAAGUUUUCCGUGAGACCCUGAACUCCGAGUUCAAGGCCUCCAAGGAGUGGAACGAGUCCACCAAGGCACUGGCUUCCUCAGCACAAGAGUUCUCUGAAAAUGAGAACAUCAAGCGCGCACGUGCGGCUUACCAGGCCGCCUCGGGAGCCGCGACUAGCCGCACAUCUGAAGCUCUCAAGACAACCGGUCAGGUAAUUGGAAAGGGUGCUGCCUGGACUUGGAACACUCCUGUCGUCAAGGGUGUCCGCAAGGGUGUUAACGCUACUGGUGCUGGACUCGAGAAGGCCACCCGACCAGUGCGUGAGACCGAGGCCUUUAAGAGCGUGAAGGAGGCCAUUGAUGAUGGCAGCAGCUCGCGCUACGGUGGAUGGAUUGAGAAAGAGGAGCGUCGCAAGCAGCGUCAACUCCGUGAGGAGAUGGAGCUCAAGUCUGGCAAGCGCCCUCUGCAACCCAUGGAGGAGGAUCCCAAUGCCGGUACCAACAUUACUCUUCACAAGGAUGCCGCUUGGAAGGAGUCAUGGAACACUUUCCGCGACUCCAACCCUAUGAUGCAGAAACUCUUUGCCAUGAGGGAUGUCUACGAUGAGUCUGAGAACCCGCUCAUCAGCACUGCUCGCAGCAUUACCGACCGGAUUGGUGGAUUCUUUGCUGAGAACGAGACUGCAAUGGUUGUCAAGAAGUUCCGUGAGAUUGAUCCCAACUUCCAGAUGGAGGAGUUCCUGCGUGAAUUGCGUGAAUACAUACUUCCCGAGGUUCUGGAUGCCUACGUGAAGGGUGAUGUCGAGACUCUGAAGCUCUGGCUCUCUGAUGCUCAGUUCUCCGUUUACGCCGCUCUUGCCAAGCAAUACACUACUGCCGGUCUCAAAUCUGACGGCCGUAUUCUGGACAUUCGCGGCGUCGACAUUUCCAACGCCCGUCUGCUGGAGCCUGGCGAGAUCCCCGUGUUCGUCGUCACUUGCCGUGCGCAGGAAGUCCACGUGUACCGCAAUGUUAAGACCAGCGAGCUUGCCGCUGGUAUGGAGGACAAGGUUCAGCUGGUUACCUACGCUAUUGGUCUGACCCGUAUACCCGAAGAAGUUAGCAACCCUGAGACCCGGGGUUGGAGAUUGAUCGAGCUGCAGAAGGCCGCUCGUGACUACAUCUAAGCUUCUCCAGCGGAUCUCCUCUCACUACGCGAUUAUCCGCCAUUGUUCCUCCCAAGACUAUAUCCUCCAGUUGGGGCCAUACCCUUUUCCCUACCACCUCUCACUUCUCGCCCUCUCGACUGUACAAUAUGACUGCUUGAAAUCGAAACAGGCGGGAUCUGGCGCUUGUUUACGGUUUGCCUGCCCACAGAUGCCACGGUGUCGGCCAUGUUCCCUUGCAGCCUUUUUUUCUCCCUCUUCAUGUAUUAAUGUUCUUUUCUCCUUGUUUCAUUAUGUUUCAUUACUAUCUUGUGGACCUGUUGCUGUUACUGACCGAACGGAUCUUGCAAGAAAAAAACACCCCUUCCAUUUCCAUAGACUCGGACUCGGCUGCGUUGGAUUUUGAGCUGAUCUGAUGGGCAUUUGGUCUUGAGGUGUUUUGUGGCGUCUUGUGCUUUUGCAUUUUCACUCUCCCCUCGACACUGUUUGAUUUGCAUGUGGGCCAUUCGGUUUGGCUGUUUAGGAUUUCGUUGGCUGUAUGCACUUGUACGUGAUCUGUGAUCUGGCGGGUGCAGAGAUCAGCCAGAUGGAGUUGCAUCAAAUUAUGUGUAAAUAUCUCAAGGAAGAAUAUAAUCUUCGCGACUGCCUAUGAUCAACAAAAAAAUGUUGAUUUUGUUUGUCUAGCGGGGUCCUGAGAUUCUUGGCAUGGAAGCUGGACUGGCCUCUUCUGAUACUAGCCUGAAAUACCAUAUCGUAAAGAUCUCGUGAC